AUGGCCUUCCCCAUGCGCCUGCUUCUGGAGUCCGAGCCCCAAGCCGAAGGUAUCAUGGCCAGUCAGUCCUACAGAAGAAGGGGUGGCCGCAGUCGGCAGCAGGACGCAACCAACCUCGUCGGGAGCGUGCAAGGACCCAAUAGGCCACCCAGGCAUCAUGCUCCGCGUCAUCAUGUCCCGUUCCGCCCUGAGUUUCCUGUUCCCAGUGGUGGCUAUAGUCCUCCUAUGAUGCCACAGCCAACUUCACAGCAUGAGGGCAACACGAUGAUUGCUCAGGCCAUGCAAAUGAAUUACCAGCGGAGGGAAAUGGAAAACUGGAACAGAAUGGUCAUGGAUCAUCGCCAAAUCUCAGAACCUCACCCGACAGCUCUAUCCUGA